GCGGAAUUUCAGACGAUUAAAACAACACAGCUAGCUAGCUAAUCAUCUUGCAUUAUCUAAACAUGUCUAAAAUACAGUUGUUGAGAGUUUUUCUCUACGAUAGAUUAACAGCUGCUGCUGAGGAGAUAUUCGAUGUCGUUGAAAAAACCAUUGCAGAGAAUCAGGAGGAAGUUGUCCGUCUACAGAGGCUACUCGACAUUGUUCUUCAACCUGAGAUAAAGCAAGACAGAGCAGACCUCCAGCAGCUCUGUCUCUCUGUCUCUGAAGUGGACAUUCCCCCGGAGCAGCAGGAGUGGAGCUCCAGUCUGAGGCAUGAGAACCCAGAGUCCACACAGAUCAAAGAGGAACAUGGGGCCACUCAGAAGGAAGAGCAGCUUCAAGGGCUUGAGGCUCAUACUAAAGACUCCAUAUUCACUCCCGCUUAUGAUGAAGACCCAACUCAACCCUCACAUCCCUAUCAAGCCCAAAAGGAAGGGAACGGAGAGAGAGACACUCUACCCAGCACUACAACUGAACAGAUCAAAACAGAACCUGAUGGAAAGGACUACGGAGAAUCAGAACCAACCAGUGUCUUUCAGCCCCUCUCUGCAGUAAAUCCAGAAUGUCCUGCAGCUCAGAGUGAACACGGUGAAAGUGACAGUGGUAUGGAGACUGGCGGACCUCCGUCAGGUUUCAAGUCAGUCAAAUCAAAGGAAACAAAGAUGGUAAAAUUACAAAGCUCCCUUAUCAACACUAAGGAUAACAAAUCCACACAGUUGUUCCACCUGAAAUCACCCCGGCAAGAUCAUGCUACUCCUGGUUGUUGUAAGGUGUGUGGCAAGUAUUUUCAUUACAUGGGCUUAUUAUUUAAACAUGUUCAAACUCAUACAAACGAUAAAGAAACACUUUGUGGAGUGUGUGGAAAGCAUAUGGCGUCAACAGAAAGUAUGAAAGAUCACCUCCAGACUCAUAUUGCAGCUAGGUAUUGUUGUCAUGUUUGUAGUAAAUGGUUCACCUUAAACAGCAAUCUGAUAGUGCACAUGAGAAGCCAUACAGGGGAAAAAACGUGUCACUGUCCUGUUUGUGGCAAAGGAUUCAGCACCAGCGGCGAUCUGAAGAAACACAUCCGGAUUCACACAGGGGAGAAGCCGUUUCGCUGCCCUGAUUGUGGCAAAGCGUUCAAUCAGAGUGGAAAUCUGAAAUAUCAUAGAAAGUCCCACACAGGGGAGAAAUAAUAUCGUUGCAGUUGUUGUGACAGAUGUUUCAGGAUCAAAUCUUAAAAGUACACAAGGACUCACGGGAGAGACAAGUAAGAUGCAAUGAUUGAUGAUAUGCUCAAGUGGGCCGAUUCAUAUGAUGGAUACUUCUGGAAAUGAUAUUUUCUUCAUCCAGGGAUUGUAUGUUUUAAUCAGUUUCCCACUCUACAUUUACAAGUGCAUUUAUUCCGUACAUUGGCCAUGUUGCACUUGGCCAUGUUGCACCCAUGGCUGCGCCCCUGCCCAGUCAUGUGAAAUCUGUAUAUUAGGGCCUAAUGAAUUUAUUUCAAUUGACUGAUUUCCUUUAUAUGAACUGUAACUCAGCAAAACCUUUGAAAUUGUUGCAUGUUGCAUUUAUAUAUAUUUAUUAUUAUUUUAUCAUUUUUUUCACUAUAUCUGCAUACAUGUAUAAUACUUAAAUGCUCAUGUGUGACAUGUAGUAUUAAAAUGUUUAUUACAAAUAUGUCCCUUUAUAUGUUAACAGUAUGUGUUAACAUAUAUGUUACGGGAUCACUAUUUGAGUGAUCUUUGUAGUCAUGGUAAUAAAACCUUAGAACAAACUACACUAAACACUCAACUUGAUUAGGAUGACAUUUCUUUCAUUUUUUUUCUUUCAUCACUUCUCAAUUCAGCCAUUUUACUGUUCUAAACCGUUCCCACUUGUCCCUUUUGUUGCAUCCAGGAAGUGCUUCAUGACAGCAUCUGUGGGGGGGGAAAGCAACAAAUAUAAAAUAAAGAGCACAUAGAACAGUUAGGGGUUGGGUUUGGGGUCAUUAAAUGAUCCAAUUCAGUUUCAUUUAAAAAUCCUUGAACAUUAAUGCCCUAUUUGCAAUGAUUGAUUUGUAAAUUAAAGGAUAGUUAACUUUUUUACGCCGAAGUCAGUCGGAUGGUUCCUUACCCUGAAAGUAGUCCAUGGGCCAGUAGAAACUGUAAUCCAUUACUUAGAGUUGUUUGAAUAAUCACUGGUAACCUGAGGGGAUUUGGCCACAAACUUUGACUAAUUGCCCCCAUCACCCCCAUUAUUUUUUGUUUGUUAGCAAUCUGACUAUGAGGUGUAAAACAGCAAACUAUCCCUUUAACAUCCUUCAGUUUAUUGAAUUGAAAUUGACCCCAACCAUGUGAUGGUGUAUUCAUGUUUAAUGGGAUACGGCAAGAAUUUGAGAUUUAGGUACUUUUUCUACUUACCCAGAGUCAGAUGAACUCAUUAAAAAAUGUAUGCCUCUG